AUGUUCAGGAAAGAAAGUGAGAACACAUGUCAAGUUGUCAAGCCUGAGAAUACCACAAAGGAUCAGGACUCAGAAAAAUGUUGUGUCAGACCUGAGCAGGAUGACAAGAACACCCCAACAUACACACUUGGAGAUCUGGAUGAACAGAAGAGGCUCCCAUCUGGACCAGACAGCAAGAGAGAUCAUCAUAAGGAACCAUUGCCACAGGGCCAAACCUCUCCCAAGGAGGUCAAACCAGGCUCCAUGGGGGGCCAGACUGAUGGGGGACAGAAGAAGAAGGCUAAGCCCCACUGGCAAGAAGCCAAAGGGAUCAUCUUCCCCACCUGGGCUGCACCCUCAAGAGUCAAGAGCAAGAGGUUCUCCCGCUUCUUUGACAGGGUCCAGUAUCUGAGUAGAAACUUCAAUUCAGCCUCUGUCCAGAGCACUGUCCAGGAAGUCAUACAGGAAGUGGAUGAAAUGCUGGAGAGCCCCGGGGACCUGGGAAACCUGGCCCCCACAGAGCAGCACUCUGUGGCCACUAACCUGCUCUUUGGCCUGGAGAAUGUCCUAAGAGGGCUGAGCAAGGCCCUGCACAAUGGGUCUGCGACAUUCACUUCAUCUGCAGGCACAGAAUUCUCCCUGAAGGUUAUGGAGGAAGAAGAUAGGAAUAUCACCUUGACUCAAAAUCAGACAAAGAUGCUGCUGACCUGGGAUACACUGCACAAAUCUAGUGAUUCAGGUCCUAUUGUGGUGGGCCUUGUCUCUACACCAGGGAUGAGAAAAUUGCUUGCCAAUGUCUCUUUGGUCCUGGAUACUGAGGAGGAGAUAGUUCUGCAUGAGAUGCAAAUGGUCUUGAGACAGGAAAUCUCCCCCAUCCUGCUGUCAAAUGUGGUAUCCGCCUUUAUCAACCGCAAUAACACACAGAACCUCAACUCCCCAGUUACCUUCAUCUUUCAGCAUUCAGUGACCCUUGGGCCAAGGCAGAAAGUGUUCUGUGUCUUCUGGGAGAAUAGCCAGAAUGGAAGUGGUCAUUGGGCCACCAAUGGCUGCAGGAUGGUGGGCACCAAAGACAAUAGCACCAUCUGCCAGUGCACCCACCUCAGCAGCUUUGCCAUCCUCAUGGCUCAUUACGAAGUACAGGAAGAGAAUACUUCACUCAAUGUGAUCACCUACAUCGGGCUGACCCUCUCUCUGCUGUGCCUUCUCCUGGUGGCCCUCACCUUCCUGCUGUGCAAAGUCAUCCAGAACACCAGCAUAUCACUCCACUUGCAGCUCUCCAUCUGCCUCUUCCUGGCCCACCUGCUCUUCCGAAUAGCCAUCGACAGAACUGAGAUCAAGGUGCUGUGUAGCAUCAUCGCAGGUGCCUUACACUAUCUCUACCUGGCCUCCUUCACCUGGAUGCUGCUGGAGGGCCUGCACCUUUUCCUAACUGCAUGCAACCUAAUGGUGGUCAACUACUCCAGUGUGAACAGGUUCAUGAAGAAGCUCACAUUCCCUGUGUGCUAGGGAGUCCCAGCUGUGAUUGUGACCAUAUCUGCAGCAACCCAGCCUCAUCUCUAUGGAACAUCCAGCCGAUGCUGGCUCCACACAGAAGAAGGAUUUAUAUGGACCUUUCUUGGUUCUGUCUUUACAUCUUCUCUGUGA